AUGGCUGAUCAGCUCAACAUGAACGGCCUGAACCUAGGCCAUUCUCAGGAUGGCCCUCGCUCCUACAUCCCUCCUCACAUGCGAGGCAAGAUCGUCCAGGGUAACCAGGGCCCUGUCGCCGCUCCCCCUCACGGCCCGCCCCCAGGACAUAUGCAAGGCCCUCCCCCGGGAGCUACCCAGGCACCCCUUCAAGGACCCCCUCAAGGACCCCCCCAGGGACCUCCCCAGGCUGCGGGUGGUCCAGGCUUGGGCAACAGCGCUUGGGCUGCUCCAAAUAGCGGAUACGGCGGUGGACGUGGCGGCGGCCGCGGCGGCGGCGACUGGUCCGCCAGCAUGGGCGCGCCUCCUCAACCAUUUGCCGGCGGCCGCGGCGGUCGUGCUGGUUGGACUGAAAACCGUAGCUAUGGCGGCGGCGGUUAUGGUAGCGCAGGUGGACAACAGCAUGCUCGCGGCUCUGGCGACGGCCAGUGGCGCGAUGGCAAGCAUAUUGCCGGCCCUGCCAACCCCCGGCUUGAACGCGAGCUUUUUGGCGUUCUUGACGACCCUACGAAGCAGCAGACCGGCAUCAACUUCGAGAAAUACGACGAUAUUCCCGUCGAGGCUUCCGGCCAAGACGUCCCCGAACCCGUACAUGCUUUCACCAACCCUCCUCUCGAUGACCACCUCAUCACCAACAUUGGCCUCGCCCACUACAAGGUCCCUACGCCCGUCCAGAAGUACUCAAUUCCCAUCGUCAUGGGCGGUCGCGACUUGAUGGCCUGUGCGCAGACUGGUUCCGGCAAGACUGGCGGUUUCCUCUUCCCCAUUCUCUCCCAGGCCUUCAUCAACGGCCCCUCGCCCGUCCCGGCCAACGCGGCCGGCGGUGGCUUUGGUCGCCAGCGCAAGGCUUACCCCACUUCUCUCAUCCUUGCGCCCACCCGCGAGCUUGUCUCUCAGAUCUAUGACGAGGCUCGCAAGUUCGCCUAUCGCUCUUGGGUUCGUCCCUGCGUCGUCUACGGUGGAGCUGACAUUGGUUCCCAGCUCCGCCAGAUCGAGCGCGGGUGUGAUCUCCUCGUUGCGACUCCUGGCCGUUUGGUCGACCUGAUUGAGCGGGGUCGUAUCUCCCUGCAAAACAUCAAAUAUUUGGUCUUGGAUGAGGCCGAUCGCAUGCUGGACAUGGGUUUCGAGCCGCAGAUUCGUCGCAUCGUCGAGGGCGAAGAUAUGCCCGACGUUCAGAACAGGCAGACCCUCAUGUUUUCUGCCACCUUCCCUCGCGACAUUCAGAUGCUUGCGCGCGACUUCUUGAAGGAUUACGUCUUCCUUUCCGUUGGCCGUGUUGGCUCGACUUCUGAGAACAUCACCCAGAAGGUCGAGUACGUUGAGGACGCCGACAAGCGCUCGGUCCUUCUCGAUAUCCUUCACAGCCACGCUAACGGUCUCACGCUUAUUUUCGUCGAGACCAAGCGCAUGGCCGACUCGCUCUCCGAGUUCUUGAUUAAUCAAAACUUCCCUGCUACUUCCAUUCACGGAGACCGCACGCAGCGGGAGCGGGAGCGGGCUCUAGAGCACUUCCGCAACGGUCGUUGCCCUAUCCUUGUGGCCACGGCUGUCGCCGCCCGUGGUCUCGAUAUCCCCAACGUCACCCACGUCCUCAACUAUGAUCUUCCCACCGACAUUGAUGAUUAUGUUCACCGCAUUGGUCGUACUGGUCGUGCCGGAAACACCGGUCAUUCCACCGCCUUCUUCAACCGGGGUAAUCGCGGUAUUGUUCGCGAUCUCCUCGAGCUUCUCAAGGAGGCCAAUCAGGAGGUUCCCCAGUUCCUCGAGACAAUCGCGCGGGAGUCGUCCUUCGGAGGUGGUCGUGGUGGGCGUCCCGGUGGCCGCGGUCGUGGCCAGGCCGCUAACCGCGAUUUCCGUAAGUAUGGAGGAGGAGGCGGCGGUUUCAGUGGAGGUCCCGGCUUCGGUGGUCCUCAGAAUGGUGGUGCCGCCGGCGGCGGCUUCGGCGGCGGCUAUGGCGCCCCGCCUCCCAAUCCUGCAUAUGGAGGUGGCGGCGGUGGUUUUGGCGGUGGCUACAGCGGUGGCGGCGGCGGCGGCGGCGGCUACGGUAACCCCAGCGGUCCUGGCGGCCAAUCCUGGUGGUAA